ACAAGAAUCUUCUCCUGGGAAAGUAGCAUAAUCAUCACGUUCGUUCUAUCUUUCCCUGGCCGCUCAACUCUCUGGAGCAGGUUUUAUCAUGUCCCAGGCACAGGCAUCAGGAGUAGAUCCCACCAAGAUGGGUGUCGGACGGGCAAUUGCCGUCCUGACAUCAGGAGGUGAUGCUCAAGGAAUGAAUGCUGCAGUGAGGGCUACAGUCAGAGUUGGCCUGUACACGGGAGCUAAAGUCUUCUUCGUUCAUGAGGGCUACCAGGGGCUGGUUGAUGGGGGUGAUAAUAUUCGCCCAGCUACAUGGGAGAGCGUGUCCAUGAUGCUCCAGUUGGGGGGCACGGUCAUCGGCAGUGCUCGUUGUAAAGAUUUCCAGACAAAGGAGGGCCGCAUAAAGGCUGCAUACAACCUGGUCAAAAGGGGCAUCACUAACCUGUGUGUUAUUGGUGGAGAUGGGAGUUUGACUGGAGCCAAUCAGUUCCGCACAGAGUGGAGUGAAUUGUUGGGUCACCUGGUUAGUACGGGCAAGAUCACUAAAGCGGAGGCCCAGUCAGCGUCUCAUCUUAACAUCGUCGGCAUGGUUGGAUCCAUCGAUAAUGACUUCUGCGGGACAGACAUGACCAUCGGCACAGACUCCGCUCUUCAUCGCAUCAUGGAGGUGGUGGACAGCAUCACUACUACAGCUCAGAGUCACCAGCGUGCCUUCAUUCUAGAAGUCAUGGGAAGGCAUUGUGGUUACCUAGCCCUGGUUACUGCAUUGGCAUGUGGUGCUGAUUGGGUGUUUAUUCCAGAGAUGCCCCCAGAUGAUGGCUGGGAAGAACACUUGUGCAGGAGGCUGAUGGAUACCAGAAACAGAGGAUCUCGUCUGAAUGUGAUCAUUGUGGCUGAGGGAGCCAUGGAUCGGACUGGCAAGCCCAUUACUUGUGAUCAGGUCAAAGAGUUAGUGUCCAAGAAGCUGGGCUAUGACACUCGUGCCACUAUCCUGGGCCAUGUACAGCGAGGAGGCACUCCUUCAGCCUUUGACAGGAUCCUGGGCAGCAGGAUGGGUGUGGAGGCUGUGAUGGCCCUGCUGGAGGCCACUCCUGACACCCCAGCCUGUGUGGUCUCGCUCUCGGGGAAUCAAGCAGUCAGACUGCCCCUGAUGGAGUGUGUGCAAGUGACCAAGGAUGUUACCGUUGCUAUGAAAGAGGGCAGAUAUGAGGAUGCUUUGAAACUCAGAGGAAGGAGCUUUGAGAAUAACUGGAACACGUACAAGCUGCUCGCCCAUGUACAUAUCCCCGAAGUCAAAAGUAACAUUAAUGUGGCCAUUCUGAAUGUGGGUGCGCCCUGUUCAGGCAUGAAUGCAGCUGUGCGAGCUGCAAUCAGGAUUGGCAUCCUGCAAGGCCACAGCAUGCUGGCAGUGCAUGAUGGCUUCGAGGGCUUGGCCCAAGGAAAGAUUGAACCUAUGUCUUGGAACAGUGUUGGCGGCUGGACAGGGAAAGGAGGCUCUGUUUUGGGAACCAAAAGAACUCUUCCAGCAAAGUACAUAGAAGACAUAAGCACGAACAUUGCCAAGUACAACAUUCACAGUCUGGUGAUUAUAGGAGGUUUUGAGGCGUUCUCAGGUGGUCUGGAGCUGGUCCAAGCCAGAGAGAAGUAUGAGGAGUUGUGUAUCCCCAUGGUAGUUAUUCCAGCUACCGUCUCAAACAAUGUUCCUGGAUCAGACUUCAGCAUUGGAGCCGAUACUGCCCUGAACACCAUCACCACGACCUGUGACAGGAUCAAGCAGUCAGCUGCUGGCACUAAACGCCGUGUGUUCAUCAUUGAGACUAUGGGGGGUUACUGCGGUUACCUGGCCACCAUGUCAGGCCUUGCUGCAGGUGCUGAUGCUGCCUACAUCUACGAAGAGAAAUUCGGCAUUCGUGAUUUGGAGACCAAUGUAGAGCAUCUUGUAGAGAAAAUGAAGACGACAGUUAAGAGAGGCCUGAUUCUCAGAAAUGAGAACAGUAACGCCAACUACACAACUGACUUUAUCUUCAACCUGUACUCAGAGGAAGGAAAGGGAGUCUUUGACUGCCGUAAGAAUGUCCUUGGACACAUGCAGCAGGGUGGUACUCCAACUCCAUUUGACAGAAACUUUGCCACUAAGAUGGGUGCUAAGGCUGUUCUCUGGCUAACUGAGAAGUUGAAGGAGUGUUACAGACACGGGCGAAUCUUUGCCAACACCCCAGACUCAGCGUGUGUGUUAGGCAUGAGAAAGAGAGGACUGAUGCUCCAGGCCUUGGGAGAGCUCAAGGAGCAGACUGAUUUUGAACACCGUAUUCCAAAGGAUCAGUGGUGGCUGAAGUUGAGGCCCAUUCUCAAAAUCUUGGCCAAGUACAAGAUAAAUUUGGACACCACGGAGCAUGCUCACAUGGAGCAUGUUAUCAGCAAGAGAGCUCCAAUCUCAUUGUCUGGUAAAACGUUAUAAGGACUGAGAAUGGAGAAGUACAAAAUACAUUACAUGGUUGCAAAGUGAUUUAUUAUGCUGUAUUAUAAGUUAUUGAUAAUCUACAAUUGACAAAUUAAUAAACUAUUCAUUAAAUGUUUAUUACUACUAUGUAAAACAAAUGAAAUAUUAAUGUGUUAAAGUGUUACUGAAUAUACUGUUGUCUGAUAGUUUAGUUUGUCAAGACUUACCCAUUUAUUUGCUCAUUAACUUUUUAACUCAUUAUAACAUCCAGUUGGUGGUGGUUAGUGAGUAUAUAAACUAUUAAGUAUUGAUAAACCUACUCAGUAACCCAUUACUAAAUACUUGAUAUUAAUUAAUAGAUAAUGAACAGUUGACUAAUAUAUAAUUCAAUUAUGGAGAAUCAAUGAUUUGCCAACAGCAUACAUUAUUAAUAUGUAACCUUAAUGUAAAUUGUUAUCAGAAGGACUAAUAUAGAAAUUAAACUUAUUUACUGUCUGAUCUGUCAGUAAUCUUUAUAGUUGUGUUGGUCUUUUCCUCUUAUUUGCCUUCCCUUUUGUUUUACUCUGCUGUUAUGUUCAUAGGACCUGUGCUGUUAGCAAUUUAUGAAAUAUCAAAUUAAAGCAGACAUCCAAAAACACAA